UCAAUAAGUAUCAUACAGUAAAAUAAUUACUGUAAUAGUAUAAUCUUAUAGUUAACUUAUCCAUACAAUAAUAACAUACCAAACAAUUAUGUUAAUUUUUGGCCAAUUAGUCCAAAUUGUUUUAUUAGUAUUAAUAUCAGUAAAUAUUUUGCUAAUCAAGUCUACCACUGAUCUCUGUGAUGAUACUAUUGGUACAAAUACAACACCGACACCUAGUAUUACUAACCCCACCACUACUACCCUUUCAAAAUCAACUACCCCUGAAACUAUAGAGCCUAAAUUGCCUGUAAAAGCUGGAGUACCUAGAGGUGUCGGUUUUACAGUAUCAUUAAGGACUAACAUCACUGGUAAAGACAGACACUUAUGCAGCGGUACUAUAAUCAGUCCGUAUUGGAUACUAACAGCAGCCAGUUGUGUAUAUAAUCGUACCGUUACAAGUACUAAAGUUUUAUUAGGACACUAUGCUGUCAACCAUACCGUUAUAUACGAUCACUAUUCACCCGAAACUAACGAAAACAAUAUAGCAUUGGUUCGCCUAAAGGAAUAUAUUGAACACAUAACUGUAAACUAUGAACUAUCAUUAGGCGACCAACCGGUUGCCAACUGGUCAGUAGCCUAUCUACACGAUUGGGAACCGAAAGAUUAUCGACAUGUGACAAACAUAAACUCCCGGACUAUCGACUGUCACUGACAGUAGAGAAACCAAAUAAAUCAGAAAAUAAUGAUGAAAAUAGAAUAACCAGAUUAAUAGGUAUACUAUCGGCUGACCUGUCAUGCGGUCAACUCGACGGCGGUGUCGGCCGACAACCCAAAGUCGUUACCAGUAUUGUACCGUUUCUUCAAUGGAUAAACGAAAAAACCAAAAUAACUGCUAUUAGUAGUAGUAAUAAUAAUAAUAAUGAUACCGACAAUCGGCCGGUAAUUUGUUCAACAGAAUUACAAUAUAGGAGUAAUUUUGGAGGAUUUGGGGCAUCGAUUAGAAAUGAAUUUAAUGAACGUUUGUGCGGCGGAUCCAUCAUUGGUACGAAUUGGAUACUAACGGCCGCCAGUUGUCUACAUAAUCGUCCCUUAUCAAGCAUUUAUGUUGGUAUCGGUGAUGAAGAUUUCGUACAUAAUCAUAGCUACUACGGUGUCGACCAAAUCAUUAUACACGACCAGUACUCCCCAGUGACUAAACAAAAUAAUAUAGCACUGGUUCGGGUCGAGCCCUACAUAAGUGAUAAUUCACGGGUAAAUAUAGUUCAAUUGGCCGAUCAACCAGUUAUUGACGACUCGACUUUAGCCGAAAUUACUUAUUCAUCAAAUAUAUGGAGCGGAACAAGUGAUGUCCGUACACUUGGUUGGCAACAAUGUAAGUCUCUAAUGGCAAACAAUACCAUCACCACAAACAACACAACAACAAACAUAGAUAGUAGUAAUGUUUGUUUAGUGAAGUAUUUUGGUUGUAAAGAUGAUGCUGGUAAUCCAGUAACAAUAGAUAGACAAAAACAAUAUUAUAAUCGGAAAAGCUGUCCUAUAGAUAGAAAACUAUUAAUAGGUGUUCUAACCGAUGACCUGUACUGCAAGUCUGGUCGACCCGAAGUUAUGAUCAGUAUUAACCCAUAUCUACAAUGGAUUAAACAGAAAACCAAUAUAAGUGCUGUUAGUAGUAGUAGUGAUAAUACGACUACUAAUAAUGAUAUUCAACCGGUAAAUCUGAUUAUUGAAGAUCCGAUAAAUAUAGAUCCGGGAUUCUCUCAUUCAAAAUCUAGAAACACCCGGUUUGGUUUGCGUUAUACGGCUUCGCUGAUGGACAACCAAUCUAAGCGACAUUUUUGUAGCGGUACUAUCAUUGGUACGAAUUGGAUACUAACGGCUGCCAGUUGUCUACAAAAUCGUACUGUUUCUAGUAUUUAUGUUGGUGUCGGUAAAAAUGAUUACCAAUUAAAUAAUACAUUGUAUACUGUAGUCCAAACCAUUUUACACGACCAGUACUCGCCACUGACUAAACAAAACAAUAUAGCACUGGUUAGGGUUGAGCCUUAUAUACGUAACUGUGAUUUGGUUGGUAUAAUACGAUUGGCCGAUAAAAAUCAAAAGGUUAUCCAUGAUAGACAACCGGCCCAUAUAGGCGGUUGGGGAUCGAAAACUAUUUGGUGGUUUCUACAAACACUCGAUGUAAAGAUAUUUGAUUGGCAACAGUGUAUGUCUAUUAUAGCAAACAAUACCAUUACUACCAACUCAACAACAAUCAUCGAUAGUAGUAAUGUUUGUGUGGUGGCCGACAAAGGAAAGGGAGCCUGUCAUGACGAUGAGGGCGGACCUAUUAUUAGGAAAGUAAUUGAAUAUUCAAAAUAUAUAAACAAAAGAAACAGAACUAUCGACAGACAUCAAGAAAUUAGGGUAAUAAUGGGUGUCCUAUCUAGCGAUCUGUCCUGUGGUCAGUCCGGUCGACCCGAUAUUGUUACCAAUGUUAUCACUUAUCGCGAAUGGAUUAAAGAAAAAACAGGAAUCUAAUGAAUUUAUUAAUUAAUAAUAUUAUUCAUAAUUUGAUUUUUGUUUUAUUAAUUUAUA